AUGGGAGAAAAAUCAUCCCACGGCUCUCUGUACAAGGCUGUGCAGAUGAUGCUCGAGGAGAAGGAGAAAGAGGAUGCUGAACACGUCCUCUAUCCCUCCAACUCCAAGACAUGCCUCCAGGAAAUAAGAGUGGAAGGAGGAAGCCCAAUAACGGCGGAGAUGGCGAAGAAACUCCGCACCCUCGUCUUCGGUUCAUCCAGCAUGAUCGGCUCCGUGGAAACCGAAUGGACCAACCAAUCCUUCGGCUUCCAGCCUUACGACACGCCGAUGGGCUAUGGCCUGAGGGUGACCAAGAACGUAACCAAAGGCCUGGUUAUGUGCAUGCAGGGUUUCGUCCUCAAGCACCUUCUCUUCGCCAAGACCAAGGGGAAGUCCAGCGUUGAACCUAAAGCGCUGCUGAAGGCGAGCAUGCGCGCUCAGGAAGACUCUCUCGUGGAUGCAAUUGCAGAUGUCAUAUGGCAAGUCGGUGACAAGACCUCUGCCACACUCUGCCUCACCCAGGACGUGGCUUAUGCGAGGGAUAAUGAGAGUUAUCAGUGCGAUGGAUGCACAGAGAAGAUCCACUUAUUCGAAUUUGAUAAACUGGAUGAUCUUAGAUUCACCGUAAAAAGGCAUUUAUUCGAGUUCAUGUCCAACAAUCGGUCUGGCCUACUGCUGUUCGUGUACAGUCUUAUAAUGACCCGAACUUUCAAAAGGGUAAUGGAGGACGUAGCAGGCGUGAAGGAGAGUCUCAUUCAACCCAACGGGCACAUUCACCCCAUGCUCGCCUCGUUCAUCCUCACUGGCAGAGCAACGCCUUAUCUGCACAAUGGAAUUAUAUACGAGGGAACGGAGGAGACGAUGUCAAAACCCAAGACGGGCGUGCUGAAGCGGGCCGAAGUAGGUCACCUGGUGUGCCAAAGGUCAGAGAACAAAUUCCCCGUGGCGGUGGGGUCGCGCCUCAAGACCCCCACACUACCGAUAUGGGUUGUGCGGAGUGACGAUGCCUAUGGGGUCCUUUUCAACCCCAAUCGAGAGCUCUUGAGGGACUACCAUGCUGAGAACAGAUUCGACCUUUACUAUUAUUCUUCGUCCAACAACCAGAACAAAUCGACCAUCGUGACCAUCGACACCCGCAACGCAAGCAAUAAUGAUGACUAUAACACACCUGUUCUCGAGAAUAUUAUUCACACCAAGUGGAAUGACGCUGAAGUGACUUGGAACGGAUGCUCACCUUACAUGUAA